UUUAUGUUUUUUAGGGGUUUACCGGAGCUUGUUUUCUCCGCAUACAGCCACAUUUUAUCAGCAUCCCAGCUGAACUACACUGCGUGACGUCAGGCUGACUCAGGCUGAGUGAUUUUCUGACUGAGGAGUGAUAACUCACUCAGUUUUAACAGUACUAUAGAGGAGGAGCGCCAGAGGAGACGGCGGGCCGCCGCAGCUCUGUGGAGAGAAUGGGCUCACACACAGCAGGGGACUUUGGUUCAGUUAGCGAGUGAGCUGACUGAGCGAGGAAGACCGCCAGGCUGAAGAUGUGGCCCACAGCUCACACACAGGUUCCAACUCGAGGAGCCAGUCGGCGAAAUGUUGAGGGCCAGCUCGCCUCUCACCUCCACGAAGAGCAGCUCCAAACUGAGAACCAGCAGCAACAGCUGGAGAAAUGCAUGGUGGGCAGAAGUGCAAGCGAUUCUGACCAGAAGUUUGCUGCACAGGUAGGAGAAGCACAGCUCUUUAAGGUGACUCUCCAUCGAGAAAACAGCUUGCUAGGAUUCAAAGUGGUAGGAGGCCAGUGUGACCAGAUGUGCCCAGGAGGUAUAUUUGUAUCUCAUGUCACAGCAGGAGGACCAGCAGACAGAGAGGAUGGGCUUAAGGUUCAAGACAGACUGUUGAAGGUGAAUGGGAAGGACUUAUCGAGGGCCAGUCAUGAGGAAGCAGUUGAGGCCUUCCGCAGUGCCAAAGAUCCCAUCGUGGUCCAGGUGCUCCGGCGGAACCCUCUUCCACGAGGUCAAGGGUCAUCUCAGGAUGUUCAUCUGGUAGAUGUGUGCACGCAGACAGACAUCACCUUUGAGCACAUCAUGGCUCUUGCCAAACUCCGCCCAAGCAGCCCACCCGUGCCAGACAUCUGCCCCUUUCUGCUUUCAGACAGCUGCCAUUCUCUGCACACCAUCGGUCAAGAGUAUUAUGAAGGAAGCGAGUACCUCUCCACCAUGCCGGCUGAUGCUGAGAGGACGGAUGAGUUGGAAUAUGAGGAGGUGGAGCUGUGUCGUUUGAACAGUCAGGAGAAGCUCGGCCUCACUCUGUGCUACAGGACAGAUGAUGAGGAUGACAUUGCAAUCUACGUGUCAGAGAUUGGACCAAACAGCAUCGCAGCGCGAGACGGCCGUAUCCGGGAAGGGGACCGUAUUUUGCAGAUAAAUGGUCAGGAUGUGCAGGACAGAGAAGAGGCAGUGGCUGUGCUCUCUAGUGAAGACUGCAGAAACAUUGUGCUGCUUGUAGCCAGACCAGAGAUGCCGUUGGAUGAUGCAGCCUGGCUGGAUGAUGAGCACAGUGAGUUUUUGGAGGAACUCAAAAUGGAGAUGCUUGAAGAACAGAGGAGAGAGGAGGAGGAGAUGGAAAGAGCAGCCAGAGAAGAGGAAGAACAGGGCAGGAAGACAGAUCCAGAGGACAUCAUGGCUGGUAGUGCUUCCUGCUCCUUCAGUCAAGAGAGGACAUGUGGUGCUGGAGCCCAGCGCCACUGUUCUGACACCUCCGACCACAAUGUUCUGGCCCAGAUCCAGAAGAGGCUGUCCCAGUGUUUGCGGCAGCGGCGGGAGGCGGUGGGCCAGAGAAGUGAGUCCCCGGGGCUGGCUAGAUGUUCUGGGGAGGGACUGGAGGGGGAGGAAUCUGAAGGUGACCGCUACCAGCAACUUUUGGAGCUGAAAUGCCAGAUCCGUAACAGUGGCGAGUACGAUUUGUUCUACAGCCGCAGCAGCACCAUUGAGUGUAGUCUGACGGAGCAAAGUGGUGGGGUGGAGCGGGAGCUGCGCCUCCUCAAUGAGGAGCUGCGCAGCAUCGAGCUGGAGUGCCAGAGCAUCAUGCAAGCACACCAGCUACGGAAGAAAGACCAGCGGCAGUCGGUGCCAGCCAAAGAGCAGCUGCAGUGGAGUCCUCGUCGUGGAUGUGGACAGCAGCAGGGAAGCAAACUGGCUAAUAUCAAUGAGCAUCCAGAGAAGUCAGACAAGGACAGUUCAAGUGCUUACAAUACAGCAGAGAGCUCCCGCAGUACACCACUGGCUAUGGACCGCUCUCCAGAGCAUUCACUUCAGAGGAUGGUCAGCCUCACCAAUCAGAAGAACCUGAAGAGCAGUCUGAGCAGUCUGAUUGCGGGAUGUGGCUCACCCCCGUGUCCUGCUGUGAGGAGGGCUCCUAGUGGGAGCCCUGAUCAUAGUAAUCCCUCAGAGUCAGAGCAGACUCCCCCAGCAGAAGACGAAAGCUCCCCAAAGAAGGGGAAGGCUCUAGACUCAAGGAUCCCCUACCUCUCCCACCGUCACCAGCAAGCGGAUGUUCCAGCCCAUGCCAGGCACUACCAGAGCUACAUGCAGCUGGUUCAGCAGCGUUCAGCGGUGGAGUACGGCCAGAGUCAGCUGAGCCUGCUGGCAGCAGGUGGCCCACAGGCCCCCCGGCCUUCAGAGCCCAAGAUGGAGUGGAAGGUGAAAGUGCGGAGUGAUGGGACGCGCUAUAUCACCAAGAGGCCGGUGCGGGAUAGGCUGCUGAGAGAGCGGGCACUCAAAAUCAAGGAGGAGCGCAGUGGCGGGAUGACAACAGACGAUGACGCCAUGAGCGAGAUGAAGAUGGGCCGAUACUGGAGCAAGGAAGAGCGCAAGCAGCAGCUGCUGAGGGCCAAAGAGCAACGGCGACGACGGGAACUCAUGCAGCGCUGCCGGUUGGACAGCCUGAAGGAGAGCCCACAGAGCAGUGGGGAGGGCCGCAAGGAGGUCAGUAUCAUCGAGCUCAGCCACCGCAAGAUGAUGAAGAAGCGCAACAAAAAGAUUCUGGACAACUGGAUGACCAUCCAGGAGCUGAUGACACAUGGAGCAAAAGCACCAGAAGGGGCCAAAGUUCACAACGCCUUCCUUUCUGUUACAACUGUAUAGAGAGCCACUCAACUCAGACUCAAACUCUACCCCAUGUGGUAUGAUCUACUUUUGCCUCGUUCAAUGUGGCGAUUUUUAUGAAAGGGAAAAGAAGAAUAUUUUUCUCACUUUGUUAUUAAUAAACAUUUUGUAAGCAGUUUAUCAACAGAUUCAUCACAUUUUUAAUGGGAAUCAUUUUUGUCCACAGUUUUUGAAGACAGUUUUUCAUGUCACCCUCAGUGAGAAACUCUUCAGUGCAACAAUUCCAAAGCACUAAUUUAUGUUGAAAGCUGCUUGUUUUUUUCUCUUUUCUUUCCCCAUGAGUUCUGUUCUUCACUGCAUCCUUGUCUCAGUUAUGCAUCCUGUUCAUGUUCGAGUUUCUGUUAAUCUGAAUGUAAAUCACCAUGUAAUUAUUUGCUUAAAAUUUUAAUCUUGUUAAUGGUUUCAUUUUUCAUUUGGUUGGUUCUUGAAAGGAAAUUAAGUUUCAUAUCUCAUGCCAUAACAAAAUUCCAUCAAGCUACUAUAUUCUAUGGAAAACUUUGCCGCCUCAAUCUUAGACACUGUAAGAUUUUUGUGUGAUUUUUCCAAAAAAGAAAAGAAAAAAAAAAGAAAAAAGGUCUGACCAAUCUAGUCACAACACAGUCACCAGCAACAGGCCUAUGGCAGCAGUCAGGCCUAA